GUCUGUAAUUAACCACGUUGAGACAAUGGCUGAAGAGACUGUUGAGGUAACAAAAGAAGAGAAAAUGGAAGCAGAGGGAGCUGAAAAUACUGUAGGAGGAGGAGAGGAGAAGGCUGCUACUGCCGAACUCCAGUAUACAAUGGAAGUGUUACCAUUUAUUAAAGAGGCGCAAAAUCAGCAUGGACUUAAGCAUGGGGACUAUCAGAGAUACAGGCUUUACUGUGCCAGGAGAUUGAGGAGGAUUAGAAAAGCUCUUCAUUUUACUCAAGGCCACAGAAGUCGUUACCACAAGAAGCCAAUAACAUCCGCUGUUGUUAAAGAUGUUCGCUUCCUUCACAUCCCUUUAAUCAAUGCUGAGAGAGCAUGGGCUAUAGCAAUGGAACUAAAGCAGUUAAGUAAUACUGACCCCAGGAAACGUUUUCAUCUUUUGAGGAGAUUACAAAAAGCGAAGAAGCAUGCCCUAGACCUUGUAAAUCUGUGUGAAGAGAUACCCAACUGCGAUGCUAGGACUAAGCUCGAAGUGUCUGCUUAUAGCAGCUGGAUAAAUGGGAAUGUAUUGUUUGAACAGCAAAAUUGGCAAGAGGCUUUGGACGCUUUUGGAAAUUCUCAAACUAUUUAUCAAAAGCUUGGUAACGCAGUAAGCGAGGAACAGCGACCAUUUUACCAUCAGCGAGUUGAUGAGAUUACUCCUAACAUACGCUACUGUGCUUAUAACAUUGGGGGACUGCCUAAUGAUGUGAGCGACUUAAUGAAACUAAGGACUGAUGCUCCUGGAUCUGAUAUACUGGCUGCUAAAAUAGAUGAGGUGCUUGCUAAAACUGGUGAGAAAGUUGCUGCUUCGCUAACAGAGGUGCAGUGGCAGGGAAAAGCUUUGCCUAUUAAAAAUGAGAGGGUCAGAGUUUGUCUUAUAAAAAUGAACCAGCUGUCUAGUGAGAUUGGAGCAGCAAAAGAUGUUGAGGAGAAGAUGGGACUCUAUGAGAAGAUACUUAUGGAAUGCCAGGAUGCCAUUCAAAUUAUAAGGGAUGAGAUCAAUCAAGAAUCUUCUUCUGAUAAGAAAAAGUCUCAAAAGACUGAAGCAAUCAAAGCAAAUUUGCAAAAUCUUUUAGAUUAUCUAUCUCAUGAGAAACUAAGCCGGUCUAUUGAAAGAAACCUCUUGCUUCUUGAUACCCUAGAGCAACCGAAGCAAGCCGGACAGAAAUCAGCUAAACCCGAGGAAUUUGUACGCGUGUAUGACAUCCUUUUGCAGCAUGUUGCAGAAUUAGCCGACUCUCAUACUGACUUGAUGGAGCAGAAAUUUGUGAUAGCCCAAUCCUUUUAUUUCAAAGCAUUCCGUUGCUAUUACAUAGCAGAGACAUACACUGCCAUGAAGAAGUGGGCAGAGGGUGUGGCACUGUUGGAUAGAUCUUUGGAACGGACUGUUGAGGCUAUAAAACAUUUCCAAGACUGGGGGCAGUCUGAGGCAGAGGCUCAUCUUGUUAAGUUACAGAAGUUACAAGAGAAGGCAAAAGGAAAGAAAUGUGAAGUUCAAGUGAACAGUAUACUCGAAUCUGAAGGUAUAGAAGAGAAAAUGGAAGCAUUAAGCCUACACGAUAAACCAUUGACUAAUAGACUGGAUGAUUUUGAUUUAAAAUCUCCUCUUCCUACUCGGUCUAAUAUCACAUUGGCACCCCUUCCUCCAGACUAUGUCCCUUUAUCUGGUAAACCUCUGUUCUUUGAUUUAGCAUUGGGACAUAUUGAGAUGCCCUCUCUGAGUCACAGAGCCGAGAGAAGAGGAGGAGGAUUGACUGGGUUUGUAAAAGGCCUCUUUUGGGGGAAAAGCUAACUGUUUUGAAUAAUAAUUGUUUAAAAUUUUGAAAUAAUUAAUAUUAUUGUCAUUGAUCACAUUGAAAUUUCAAAAUAUCAAAUUUAGGUGCUCA